GAGUCAGUUUUUAUCACGCGGGAACAAGGCUGUGGAAGCGCCUCGAGUUUCCGUUGCAUUAAGUUUCGAUGUAAACCAUGGCGAAAUUCAGAUUUCCAGGCAAGGCUCUUAAGUUAAACACAAGAAAGCGCGUUCGGUUUCGAGGUGGCCAUGCAGCUAACACGCCAGAGGAACUUUAUACAAGGAGAAUCCGCAGAGGCCUGGACCUUUUCACGCAAAUAUUCGGGGAUUCAGACGAGGAUGAUGAUGAAUUUGAGGGCUUCACAUCCAUAUUCCCUGAGCCGAGGGAAGUCAAGGGGAAGAAGAAGAAUGUGGGAUCACCUAGAAAAAAGUCGGGAAGGCGUUCACCAACAGAGAGAGCAGAGGAAGCCUGCGUAACCCUGGAAGAAGCAGGUUUAGUGACCCGUAGAAAAGUGAGCACAGUAGAAAUGGCCAUCAAAGAGGUACAGGAGACAUCAGAUAUUGGUGAAAAUGUGCCAGUGUUUACAAGAAGAAGAGGUGGGGGUGGUGGGGAAACAGCACCUAGCAAGGAAGUGCGUGAGGGACCGAGUGGGGGUAAGGAGGUGAUGGCAAGUACCCGAAGAAGAACAAGUAAUGUGGAACUGCCUGCAAAGGAGGUGUCAGAGAACCUUGAGAGUAGUACAGACUUGCCAGUGGUAACAAGAAGAAGAGUGAGUGGGUUGGAGACUCCUAUGAGAGAUGUAGUGAAAGAGGGAGGGGCAGAGAACAGCAAAGAUGCUCCAAUGGUGACCAGGAGAAGGGGUCAUUCUCUUGAAGGUGUUGUGAAGGAAGUUCAGGAAGGGGCUGACAGUAUACUUGGGGGAGGGGAAAGAACGAGUGAAAAAAGAGACUUGCCUCCUCAGCCUGUGAGCAAGGAGAAUGUAGCGAUUGUGGUUCAUUCAGAACAGCCCGUGGAAGAAAGUAGUGCAGCAUUACAGGAAAUGAGGAUGGCUGUCAUAUCCUCAAGACCAGUGGCAAGUAAACAAACAGCACGGAGAGUUAGCAGACCAUCGGCAACAGUGAAAACGGCUCUGGCAAAGAAAUUACUUGCAAGAGCCAAGGCUAAAAGAACAGUCAACUCUCUACCCGUGGUUGGUGAAAAGAGUCCAAAACGGUUUGUCCUUCCGUCUAUGAGUGUACGAUCUUCAAGGAUAAUUAAACCAAAUAAGAGACUAUUUGCUGACAUAACAGAAAUGUGUACAGCAAGCAGUUCUCUUGAGUCUUCAGUGGGUGGAGAGAUGGCUGAACAUGCAAGUAUGCCCAGCAAGAGGUUGGUAAAGCUCACUCGCAAAGGAAGGGGUGCACACACACAGUUCCUCUCUCUACCCCGAUCAAGGGCACAGAGUACUGACUCCCUGUCGAGUACAGAGGGUGGUGUAGGACGUGACCGCAUGCGCAGAACAAUCUCCCUCUACACAGAAUCCAUAACUGGGCCCAGUAAAGCUCAGGUAGGAAGGCCUCCCAAACGCCUGCUGCGCCGCAUGGAUCCUCCACAGCAAGAGGUAGAGGCUGAACUUCCAGACUCCCCCCAGAGAUGUGACCCCAAGGAGUCAAGGGUCAUGGAGAAAAUUGGAAAGUUGCUGCGGUCACCGUGGGAUGAUAGACUGAAGCAGUCUAGCAAGGUUGGCAGAGGUGAGGAAGAGGGCAUGCCAGCUUCAGCCUUUGGUGCCUCGUCCUCAAUGUCAGCUUCGGCCAUCUCACGGAACAUUUUAAGGAAAGCAAGACUGAACCUUAACAAGACUACUUUGCAAAAGAUUAGGAAUCCAGUGUCAUUGCAGAGACUCAUACCAGCAUCAGAUGAAGGUGUGGAAGGAAAGUGCGCAGUCUGUGAUAGUGAAGAAGGUGGGAAUUCUCGCAAGUUUGGAGUGAUAGUGUGUGAGAAGUGCAACUCCUUCAUCAGCAACUCUAGUGAUGGCUCCAGAGAAGUAUACGAGUGUAAAGACAGCAAAGCUGAAUGUCAAGUGCAAGAACUGGUUGAAGGUCGCUGUAAUGCAUGUUGGCUGGGCAGAAUCCUUCUUGUUUGCUCUAUGCCAAACCUCCUCCAUGACAGAUUGCGUAAGCGUUUACCCAAUAUCCUGAAGGAACAAAUCCCCACCAGCUUGGCCCGAUGUAUGAGUGGUGGCAACUUGCCGGUUGUUUCUGAAAAAGAUGCUGAACUAGCCACGCAUACCAAGCGCUUGCCACUUGACCCAGGGGGAGGAGGGGCCUUUGGGUCUGUAAUGGAUUUGCCUGGUGGUUGGAAACGCAAAACUGGCUCUGAAGUUAUUGUGAUUAGCCCAAGUGGUGAGAAGUUCAAGAGCAUACAAAAGCUUGAGGAAUUCCUGAAAAAGCAAGGGAUAACCACUGAUGCUCGAGUUCUCUUUGGCAAUAGCAGCCCUGCUGUGGUGCGGAGUAAUGAACCAAAGUCACGCCCAUCACCGCCAACAAAUAACAGCAGUCGGGGGAAGGUUGUCAUGACAACACUUCCUGGGGGUUGGGUGCGUCGUAUCAAAUGGAGAUCAGCUGGUGAUCGCUUUGACACUUAUGUCUACAGCCCUGAUGGAAGAACAUUUAGAUCAAGAAGAGAACUGAGUGCUUACUUCCAGCUCAUUGGGAAAGUAGAUGAUAUUCACAAGUAUUUCCCAGUUGUUACAGGGCACUCAGAUGCUUCCAUACCUAGUUCAAGUGACACCACUGGAUCCUCCAGCACAGAGCGCUUGUCUAGCUCAGAGCCAUGCUCGGAAAUCAGCUCUGAUGAUAAGUCUCCAGAGGCCUCAGAAUGUGAGACGGAAACACCACAAUCAAGAAUGAGGAGCCUAUCCCGUAAUACUAAAGAGAAGAUGAAAUAUGCUCGUUUGAAGCAGGCCAAGGUCAUGAACCACAAGGAAGGACAUCUCAGAAGUAAAUCUGUCUCUUCCCUAAAAACUGUCAAGUCUAUUGACAAGAAGUCAGAAGUGCAGAUGGAAGUGAAUAUGUCGUCAGAGGUAAAAGCUGCUGAGAAGAAGUACAAGAAACCAAAGAUUGUUGUGAGAAGUCGAUCACUCUCUUUAGGCAGGAAAAAGGGUGAUGCAAGCCUCACUGACACCACAGAAAGUGAAUCUGAGAACAGGAAUUCUGGUAAAGGGUUUACUAAGACCUUUUCUAAAAGACUGAAGAACAAACCCAAAACUGCAAUGAAAGAGCUAUCACCGACAAACAAAACCUUAUCUGCGGGAUCCAACAAUGCAAGUGAAGAUAGUGAGAAAACUUCUCCUUCAGCUUCUAUGGCAAGCCCUGAAGAAACUGUAGAAGAAUCAGAAGUGCAGAAACUGGAGGAAUAUAAAGAUGACACAGCUAUAUUCAUCAAACCAGAUGAUGUACCAAAAGAAAAUCAGCUUGAAAAGGGAAAAAUUGUUCUAAAAAUUCAAAAAAAAAGUAUAGAGCCUGUAGAUAGAAGACGUAGACACAAAAGUAAGAAGGACAAAAGAAAAAAGGUGUUUAAUGAGGAGGAAUCUGAGAGUCUUUCAAAGGAGCAAGUAGCACAAAGUGGUGCUGAGGCAGUACAAAAUAUGACCGCUGAAAAAGUACUUGCUCAAUUGUCUAGUACAAGUAAAUCCUCAGAAGAUGCUAAGGAGAAAACAUUCAGUAUAAAUUCAGAAGACCAAGAAAAAGAUCUGGUAGGUGGGGAGUCUGAUGUUCCAGCUGGGGUGGAUGUCUCGGAUGACUCUAAAUUUUCCUCUCCCAUGGUGUCGGAAUCCGAGCCCAUUCAUGAAACCAUAAAAGUACCUGAAGCCAAGCCAAAGUCCAAGCCCAAAAAGCCUUCCAGUUAUCAGACUUCUCACUUUGGAGGUGGUUGGUCAAGAAAGAUCAAGUGGAAUGAGAAAGGGGAAGGCAAAGUUGCUCUGCUGCACAGCCCUGAUGGACAAACUUUCCGAUCCCGCAUAGAGCUUUUGGCGUAUUUCAAGAAAGCAGGCAAGUCAAAAGGCAAUCUUGAUUAUUACUUUCCACCAGUCUUGAAGAGGGAGGAUUAUAAUGAACAACUGGAGAAGAAGCAGAUGAAGGCAGCUGCUGCAGAGGUGACAGUGGCUCUUGGAACAUCUACCUCGGGCCAGUCUUCAGAAGUUAGCGAGUUCUCAGACAGUGAGAUUCCCAAGACCUCUGAGGAUUCUUGUGUGUCUGGAGAAGAGUGCACAAAGAGAAAUGUAACUAAAAUUGUGAAGUGUUACAGGAAACUAGGUGGCCAGUCCUCCCUCAAAAGCAUCCCAGAAAAUGUUGGGGAAGAUUCGGCAGUCUCCCAAGUUCUGUGUGGAAAAGCUUCAGGUGGCAGCAGCUUGUCAGAGGAGGCAUGGAAGCAUGGAUCUCAGCUUGGGAAGAUGUGCAGGAAGGAUGCAUUUGUGGCUGGGACGGACAGCAAGCAGAUAGUAAAAUCGGAGAGUGAGGAGAUAGAUGGAACUCAUCCUGAGGUGGGCGGACCAAGGGUCAAGCACGUCUGUCGUAGCCAGGCACAGGUGUUGGGUAUCCCUCGUGCAGUAUUCCCAUCUCCAGGGAAGGAUGAAGAUAAGGCACCAAUAAAGAUCAUUGUUCCCUCUAGCAAAUCUGACAAGAAGCGCAAAAUUGUGACUGUAACAACAACAGCUAGUGGCAAGGUGCUUCGCAAAACACAGUGGUGUAACAAGUGUCCAGGAUGUACAACACCCAAUUGCCGAAAGUGUGUCAAUUGCCUAGACAUGAAGAAGUAUGGUGGACCAGGAACCAAGAAAAAGCCUUGCAUAAUGAGGAAGUGUCACAACCCACGACUAUCCAUCAAAUCGGCCAUCAGUCAAGAGGGCACUGCUAAAGUCCCUGUUCAGAUGACAGCAACGAACACAUCCACAGCUACGUUCAAGGAAGUGCGCAAGGUCCCUCCCACCAUCAUCAAAGUGCAGGAGGAGAAGGCACCACCAAUGGAGACCUCAGGUGACCCGGUGCUGAAAGGUUUCCAGCAGGAGAAGGCUGUGUUCGUGCCCCGCCAAAUGACCCGGUCACAACCGGACCAGAAGGACCGGGGUGAUAUUGCUGCAGGGAAACAGUUUGUUCCAGGAACCCUUGUAAACAUUGACUACUGGCAGGGAUAUGAUGCUGAUGAAAUGAUGCUGACUGGCUACCCAGUGAUAACAGCAUCCUCACAGCAUCCUCAGGUCCUGUGUUUCCGCUGUGGUUCUCUUGGGAAGGAACAGCUGCUGUACUGUGCCUGGUGCUGUGAAGGAGUCCAUCCAUACUGCCUGGAAGAUGGGGAGGGACCAGAGUCGGAAGUAGAGGAGACCUUCUGGAUUUGCCGCAGGUGUGCUGUGUGUCAUGUGUGUGGAGCCCCUGGGGCUGACUCGCUCCUUCGAUGCUCAGACUGUCGCAACUACUACCACAUGGAGUGCCUUGGACCGUCAGCGCACAGCACCUGCCAACCCCCUCCAGACCGCCCUUGGGAGGCAGAAUCCAUGGCGCUGCUUUCCGAGUCUUGGCCGAAGCAGUUGGGAAUAUUUGAUGCUGGUGGGGGUAAGGAGAGCAAUUUGAUGCAGAACAUUGAUAUAUACACCAAACUUGAUGCGUUGCGAGACUUUGAUGUGGAUCCUGAUGAUGAAGAGGACUUAGAACCAGACAUCUUUUUCCUCCCACUCAGUGCUGAUUCAGCUGAACAACAACGAGCUCUGUUUGAGCAUGAUGACUCCUCAGAUGAGGGGGAGCUUGAGGAUUCAUUUUGUCUUGAAGACAACAUAAUCGAGGUAUUCCGAGAUGUUGAUCUUUAUAAGCCUGAACCAAGUCCAACGGCUAACAAGAAUGGGAAGGAAGUAGCAUCCAUGAAAGAAGAUGAAUACCUCUACUUAGGCUAUAAGAAAAUUAGUGAGUACUCUUCCAACAGAAUUGAAACAUCUUAUUUCAGACUGUUACAGAUUAUUCAUAAUGAACUCUUUGACACACUUGGAUACCCGACAUGGAGGGAGAUGCUGAAAGAUGGACUGGUCAUGGAGAGACCAACUGGUUCAGGGUCUGGUUCAGACACUGAGACUGCCUCAGAAGGCGAAGAGGACAGUGAGGAUAGUGAUCUGGACUGGGAUGAAGUCCUGGAAAUCCGGCGCCAUGAGGCUGUGCAGGAGCUGAAAGAAAGAGAAGACAAACGGCGGGAGCAAGAGCGACGACAGAGGGAAAUAGAAAGAGAAAAGGCUCGUGUUGAGAAGCUGAAGGAGCUUGAGAGAGAAGCCAAGGAGGCAGCCCAGAACAAAGAAAAAGAUACUUUUACACCAAAGAUGAAGAUUCUAGGCUCAGAUAAAACUGCUAGUGUGCAGGACCUAGCUAAGAAGCCACUAUUUAGGAAGAAAAGGAAGUGUGGACGUCCACUAGGAUCAAGCAACAAGGCAAAAUAUGGUGAUGAGGAUUUUGUUGUUUAUGAUAUUCAUGAUGACAAAUUCCUUUGUGAUGGUGACCAAAGCAGUACCCCAAGGAGAAAAAGGUUGAGGCAACCUAGGAGUUGGGAAGAAUUUGAUGAACUGUUUGCUCAGAUAGGCCUGAUGACAGAUGCCACAGCAGAGGAAAAUAAGGAGGAAGUUAGAAUACGGAAGAGAAGGAUUGUACAUACUGACAAUGGCAUCUUUGGCUCAAGGGAUGAGAGAGUGAAGAUGAAAGCUAAAAGACAGAAAUUAGAUUUGGUUAAGAACAAGAAGCUCAAAGCUUUGAAAAGAAUGGGCAAGCUUGAUAUAACUCAGAAAUGCAAAGACCGUAUCAGCAGCAGAAUUAAGAAAGUUGGGAGGCCUCCAAAAAUCAAAACUAACAAAGGGCAAAAAAAUUAUGAGAUAAGUGAGCAAGAAGUUAAGCCUAAAAGGAAGAAGCUGUCUGAAAUCAGGGACUUCAAAGUUUCAGAUGCAAGGCCUGAUGGGAUGGGGCUGAAGGAAUCACCUUGUGAAGCAAAAGGGAGCAACCUAGCUAGGCAACCAAAUGGCAUGAAUAAGGAGGUUUUAGGUAUACCAAAUCCUACAGCAUUACCUGAAAACAAGCAUGAUCAGAAAGACUUGUCAAUCCAUCAUGGUGUAUCUCCUGUACAGAAUUACUGUGAUAAUCUUACCAAUUCUGAAAAUGCUUUAGAGAGAGAAAGUUCAGUGAAAGAGGUUGGCUCACUGGCUGAGGAUGUGUCAAAUAGUAGCAUGGAGAUCAGCAGCAGAAAAUCCAUUGGAAAAGGAGAGAAGUCCAAUGAGUUUAUCACACUGGCUGUUCAUCAAAGUGAAGAGAUGCCACGUCCAGAGGAAGAAAACAGUGACAAAGAGAACCUUCCAAGUGUUGGCACUGAGACAAAAGUAAAAGAUAGCGAAGCUGUGAUAUCUCAGAAAAAACAUGUCAAUGGCCUUGAAGAAGAAGGAACUUCAGCUCAUAGUCAGUCUGCUGAAGAUAGUGAGGAAGAGGCCAAGCCUGAGAGAAGUGAAGUUAAAUGCCUUGACCUAGGGGGUGUGAAUCUCCCUAAGUUACCUGAAAAGAGGUCGCGGAGGUCUGUGGGCCGUGCCUCUGAGCUAGCUAGUCAGAGAAAGGCAAUGAUGGAUUUCUGAUAUUAGUUGGCAUAGUGGACUAUUGUGCUAUCUUCUUGUAAAAUGACUUUCUUGUAAAUAGCAAUUAUUUAUCAUCCUUUGCUUCACAUGGUCAGUGAUUAGUACUUUGAUUAGAUGCAGAGUGGAUAGUGAUGUUCAAAAUAUGACAGAAAAAUGUUAGAUAUUUACUGGAAACCAUUUAUUAGAGUAGGAAUUGCAUAUAUAUUUACAAAAAUUGAAUAUGUCAUGUGUAGGGAAGUACUGUGUAUAAUAUUGUGUAUUUAUUUAUGUGCCAAUAUUUCUUUUAAAGUUAAGGAAGAAUGAUAUUCUCAGGGACUAUAACUUCUUUCUAUAAUAACAGUGGACUAGUCUCCAAGUAGCUAAUCGAAUUGCUCGUUAUGGUAACUACGUCUUAUCCUACCUAGGAUACACAUAUAUUUUUCUUUGAACUAUAUUAAACAGAAGUUGUCAUUUAUUCAACUUUACAACUUUGCAAUUGAAAGUUUUAAUUUCAUUAAAGCAGAGACAACAUAUUAUUAUGUAGGCCAAUUAAUAAGAUAUUUCUUUUCUAUCAGUGGUUACCAAUUAUUUUUUCGUUCUGAGAUAAAAGAUUUCAGUGAUUUUUCCAUG